AUGUUUAGUUCGUUUUAUAAGCGGCUAUUAAGUGUUGGUGGAGUCGAUUGGUGGGCACUCGGAGUUCUCGUCUACGAAAUGGCUGCUGGUUAUCCUCCAUUUUUUGCUGAUCAACCAAUACAAAUAUAUGAGAAAAUAGUAUCUGGUAAAGUGAGAUUUCCAUCACACUUUGGCUCAGAUUUAAAAGAUCUACUGAGAAAUUUACUCCAAGUUGAUCUAACUAAAAGAUAUGGAAAUUUAAAAAAUGGAGUGAAUGAUAUAAAAGGUCAUAAAUGGUUUGCAUCGACGGAUUGGAUAGCUGUUUUCCAGAAGAAAAUAGAAGCGCCAUUCAUACCUAGAUGCAAGGGUGCAGGCGACACAAGUAAUUUUGAUGAUUACGAAGAAGAAGCAUUGAGAAUAUCAUCAACAGAAAAAUGUGCUAAAGAAUUUGCCGAGUUUUAA